AUGAAAUUGUGGCUGGCUGUAUCCGCAUAUCACAGGGCUAUUGACCAAACCAUUCGAGGAUGUCAAGCGACCUGGGAAUCGACAACGCUGACACAAGCGAGCAAAUGGUGGAGCAACUCAGACGACUUGAGUUUGCUCACACAAGUCAACAACGAUAUUCCAUUUAAGCAAGUAAAGAACACCACCAAAGCAUGGGACGCUCUGGCAGCGAAACUGCUGGAGGUGCCAGGUUUUGGCCGCUCGUCGUUGGAUGGCAAGAAGGCUGCGAACAGGUUCUACCAGCUCCUGCGUACACAUCGGCGAUUCCAGAACAGCUCGAAGUACAUGUCUGGAGUUGAGCAGGACGAGACAGGAAAGAUUGUUCUUUUGGACGAGCUAGUUCAGCUGUUCGACGAGGCCACCGACCAACGCAACGCCGACCGAGCCGCCGUCAAUGCCAAGGCAAUGGAAAAUGAGGCUUCAGCUUCGUUUAUCCGAGAACUAGCAAUGACGAGCGGGAGGAUCAAGUCCGUGGACACCGACGAGUCAACAGACAGUGAUGUUAUUGGGCAAAAACGCAACGCGGUUUUUGAAUCACACGAGCGCGAAAUUGAGCUCGAAAGAGAGCGGUUUUCGUUCGAGAAGUACAAGUUGCAGAUGGAACUCGCUGAGCGUGAGAAGGACAGGAUGGAGCGGAUUCAGCAGCGUGAAUUUGAGAUGAAACGAAACGAUGACAUGAUCGCGUUGCUCAUUCAGUUAGCUUCGAAGUUGCCAAACGAUUAA